CGCGAGAAGGUCGAGAGGAACAUGACAAAGCGCGAGCGCGGGGGAAGCGCGGGGAGUAUGGACGCGAUCGUCAUCUCGGACUCGGAAGAAGAUGCUCCGGAGGUGAAGCGACCGCGCCGGAAGAUGGACGGCCCGAUGGCCAAGUCCCCGCUCGUCGAAGCCAUGGACGCGCUGCGAGCACGGCCCGACGACAUGAGCUGCGCAAUGGACCUCCUAAGCCGCGUCCGGAAAGCCUGUACUCGGGACAUUGCUGCAUGGAGCGAAGUCGCCAAUGGACCCGUGGUUCUGGGGCUCAGCAUCGUCUCGUCGACGUACUUCCCCGUGCAGCAGUGCUUGUACGCUGCCUUGGUGCGCAUCAUGAGCACCCUUCGGCGCGAGCGACGGACAAAGGACCUCGAGAAGAUCUGCCGAGGGGUCCCUCUCGUUCUGCGCUUGGCCAUUCCGGGCGGGAACGAGGCCGACCUCAUCAACCCGAUUCGCAUGCGCCAGCAGCUGAACCAAGUCAACGACGUCACCAAGCGCAUUGCGUCCUUUCGCGUCCUACAGUGCUGGACGCGAUUGCACGGCCAGGCAACGGAGGAGCUGCAGCACGAAGGCUGGAUCGACUUGGGCUCGACCGCGCUCUCUUUCUGCAGAGAUGACGAAGCUCUCAGCGUCACAAACAUCCGCUACGCCAACGUUCGCAGCCUCAAGUCCGAUGCCGAAUCGGCCAUGGCCAAUGUGUGCUUUGAGGAGUACGACGAAAGCGGGCAAUGGAUGCGGGUACUCCUCGAUCACAAGACGUUUUUGGCAUUUGAGAAAGAGCUUUGCUCCAGACCGUUGAGCUGCGCCAAAGCACGCGAGAGCCAGCCUCGGCUCGCCGACGAGGAAAAAGCAAAGAAAAGUGAUGCGUCAGUGCCAGUCGCCAUCGUGACGCCGCCACCAAGCCAAGACGAUGCACCAAGCUCCGAUGACUACGACUGCCUUUCCCUCUUCGACGCGGAAGUGCAUCGGGUCUCGCUUGCUGCGUCGCGUUGGGAUGCUACGUUCGACGCGUUGAAGAAAGAGGUCGAGACACGGGUUGGCAGCAUCACAGAGCUCGUCACUCACAUCGGUGCGACGCAGGUGCACCGUGGAAACGCUAUGGCGCGGCUGGAGUACGACGGCGCAGCCGUGGCCCAAGACGUUCAGGCCGCCCGCAUGAUCACGCUUCCGCAGUAUCAAGACGAUGGCUUGAAGGAAGCUACUCUUCUCACGACCGAGCUCGAAAACGUCGCCAAGACUGCGCAGGAGUAUCUGCACGAGGACCUCGACGCGAUCGCUCAAGACAAGGCGACAACCACCAUGUGUUCGCUGCACCUCGUUGCGGUUGCUGCGCCGUGGAUUUUGUGCGGUGUGGCAGCCAUCUCGUCGUCGUUGGGGUACAUGUAGCUCCAUGCGCGCGCUGGCACCGCACGUGGCGCGCGAUCUUGAAGGGACAUUCUCCCAGAAGCAAUACACGCAUCUUUUAUCACCUUUGAAAUUCGAUAUCCC